UCACAUCCUUCUGCACAAGGGAGAGCAGGAAAUGGCAAACUCCCAGUAUGAGGCAAAGCAUUCCCAUUGCAGCAAUUGGUCCACAGGAGCUAUAAAUUGGUCUCCUCCAGAAACAGACCAAAAUUUGUCUGUUGGGAGGUCAGCUGGAAACUAAAGAGGCCAUGGAGAGGAACGGUGCUGCCCUUCCCCAGACAGUGGACCCCACGCACCACUUCCAUAUAGCACUGCUGGAUCAGAGACGAAGGCUGCGUGGUCAAAUUGCUCACCUCCACAAGGCAGCUCGUAAAAUAAACAAGCUCCGCAAAAGGUCCCUGAUUGCCAACAUCAGCGGGAGCUCGCUGACCGCCGCGGGAGCAGUCACGGCCAUCGUGGGGCUGUCCCUGAGCCCGGCUACACUGGGAGCCUCCCUCCUGGCAUCAGCUGUGGGUUUGGGCCUAGCCACUGCUGGGGGGGCUGUCAAUAUCACCUCUGAUCUCUCCUUGGUGCUCUGCAAUUCCCGGGAGGUGAGAAAGGUGCAGGAAAUUGCAACGACUUGUCGGAAACAGAUGAGGGAAAUCCUCGGCUGCCUGGAAUUCCUCCGCCGGGGGCAGGGCCCAGGGGACCCCGCACUGCUCCAGUCCGAGAAGAGGGCCUCCAUUUCGCUGUACAACUCCGUCUGCUUCUUGGUCUUCUGCGGCUCCCACAGCUUCCUUGUGCCAGAAUAUACAAAGGAGGUCACAAAAGUGAGCCAGGCCGUGCUGAAGGCCAAAAUCCAGAAGCUGGCUGCCAACCUUGAGACCUGUACCAGGGCAAUGGAUGAAGUCUGUGAACUCCUUGAGUCCAGGACACAGCUUUCCCCACGGAUGAGGAAACAGCCUGGGUGCUAAAACCACCACCAAGACCCCAAGACCAUCCAGCUGAAAGAGUUUGCCCCAUAAUUAAACCAGGUUAUGAUGGACACAUGGAGUCUGAUCACAGGGGAAGGUGGCCAUUCCUCAGUCCUGUUUCCCCAGCCACCUAACUCUGCCUUCCCAUGGCAGCAGAAAGGAGCUGGUCAGUAGACCCAUGAAAUCCCUGCAGUUUUGGUGCUGACUGACCCUGGGUUGUAAAUAAUUCACAAAUCUAUGAACAGUGAGGGGGCUGGGAUACCCUCAAAGAGCCAGCAGCCAACAGUUUCCAGUAGAUUACAGUCCCAUUACCAAGGUACAUCUGGAAAGGCUGUUGAAGCAAGCAGCCCCAGAUAUGAUAGACUGUAUGGAUGGCUCUUCAUCCCAGGGUGAAAAUAUAUAGUGGCCAGAAACUGUUGUCUGUUUUAAAGAAACCUUUCCUGGCUGAGAACUGUGAUAUUUGUAUUCUAUUUAUUUACAGAGGAAAAUUUUAGGGUUUGAUGUUGUAUUUAUUUUUUUUUUUAAAGGACAUCUCUGCUCCAAAGUGAUACAGCAGUUCUGAGAGGCAAAGCAAGUCUGUGGCAUGUGAGAGCAAGUUACAUGAUCUUUGUCUGUGAGGGAGGGCAAACCCCUAUAGGAAAUGGAAAGCAUGGCCUGAAAGAUGGUAGUUACAAAGUAUGGGGAACUAUGGUUAAUCAGAGACAGAUCUUAGGAACCAAAAUAGGGAGGAAGAUUGGUCAGUGACCCUGGGACCAGAGACUGCCUUGGGGGACUCUUGGGGAGAAAAGUAAGUGUACCUUUUGGAGCAGGGAGGGAAGAGUAGGCUUGUGUUACUGGUCCGAGCUGGAGCCUAGCACUGACGCGAGCACAUCUGAGAGAUGGAGGUGCCACUCUCUGUGCAGUCAAACAGCCUGUGAAACCCACAGUGACUUGUCUGGGAAGGGAGGAGGCAGUGCCUGCGGAGAGCUACACUUACUCUUAGCAGUGCUUCCAGUGGAAGGCUUCACAUUGACAAUACAUACACAGGUACUAAUAAUCAAGAGGGGUGCAGAGGAGCAGGAUGAUUCAGUGGUCAGAGCCCUUAGGAAGCAGGAGGAAUGACUUGGGAUCCAGUUUCCAGUGACUGUUCUGCUAAGUACGUACCUAGUGAUUUUCAGCCCCUCAGUGCCUCAGUUCCCUGUGUAAAAAUGGGGAUAGUAGCACUUCCCUACCUCACAGGGGUAUUUCUGGGACAAAUAUCACAAAGUGCUCAAGUGCAGUGAUGAUGGGGAUCAUGUCAGUACCUGGAAGAGGUACAUGGAAGACACCCUGGAAACUAGCUUGAGACAGAUAGAGGACUUAACACAGCGACAAUUCCACCUCCACAGGUAGACCCCAAUCCGCAGGGGAACUUCCUGCAGAAACAUGAAUCAAAAUGAUCAGAAGAGCUAAUCUGUAAUUCUGUAGCACCAAGAAAAUCGUGGGAAGGGAAACACUCCAUCUCACAAAUUUUGACUACUUUUCCUUACCUUGUCUCUUUCUUUCAUGACUCCCACUUUUGUUUUGGCACAUAAAACAAAAGCUUUGGUCCCAUAGAAUGUGACUCAGAUUUCUGUAAUGCCCAUGUCUGUUUGCCAUAAAUGAACAAGUACAUUGUUAAUUUGAUUAAAAGAAUAUGAAGAA